AUGAGACAAUCUGGCCUAGCAGACCACUCCCGGGACCCCUGCCCUUGGGUAGUCCUCAGCGAUUUCGGCGGCGCCUUCGCUAUGGGCGUAGGUUCCCCACCCACCCCCCAUCUCCCUCCAUCACGCACCCUGCUAACAAACAACCCACCAGGCCGUCGGCGGCGCAAUCUGGCACGGGGUGAAAGGCUUCAAGAAUUCGCCGAGCGGGGAACGCUCGAUAGGAGCGCUCACAUCGAUAAAGGCCCGCGCGCCCGUCCUCGGCGGUAACUUUGGCGUCUGGGGCGGUCUCUUCUCCUCCUUCGACUGCGCCGUCAAGGGCGUCAGGCAGAAGGAGGAUCCGUACAAUGCCAUCAUCGCCGGGUUCUUCACCGGCGGGGCUCUAGCUGUUCGUGGAGGGGUUAGGGCGGCUAGGAAUAGCGCUAUCGGGUGCGCUUGUCUGCUCGCGGUUAUUGAGGGAGUCGGGAUCGGGCUGAAUAGAGUUACGGCUGGGGGGAGUAAACCGCAGAAUCCUGGGGUGAGUCUUUUUUUUCCCCCUCUGCUGUACUUUGAAGGAGGGUUGUGGGGGAUUGGGGAUUGGGCUGAUUUGGCCAGCUGCCGAGUGAGGCUUCCACGGAGGCGUUACCAGCUUGAGUCGAUCGAUGGUGGGGAUGAGAUGGGGAGGUUCGUUACUUGUUUUCUCUUGUUUUUUUUUUCUUUUCAAAUUUCUGUCUACUCUACUCUACUCUGGAUCAUUGGCCUGGUUAGACGAAGCACUGCCGUUAGUCGCAUCGCGCAUACACCAUCAACACCGACCGGCAACAAAAGGGAUAUAAAAGGAAAAACACUCUGUACAUAAUUCAACUACGGUAGUCGAUUGGUUUG